UCUCAGGUUCAUUCUGGGCGGAGAGCAUCUUUAACUCUCAGUCGAGGUGGAGCCAGAAGCUGAAACGAGCCUGAAGCGAUUUAAGAGGCGACGGACGGUCACAUGCAGGCGCUCGAAUGAUCCGAUUCACUGUAAUGAUCUGAUCUCAGUCCACAUAUCAACUUCAAACCUGACCUGUGAAUCCCAGAUCAGAUCGUCCUGAAGAAUCCGCAGAGUUCCUCUACUGAAGCGCUGCCGCGUCCUCGUCUUCCCGCAGACCUCCUUAGGUGGAAGACAACAACAUGGGCCGGAAAGGAGGACGGACACAAUCAUGCCUCCUGCCUCUUCUGCUGGUGUUCAGCAUGUGUUUUGCGAGUGCCGAGUACUCGAGCUGUGGAGAAAAUGAGUUUUACAAUCAUACAGUCAGCAGUUGCCAGCCCUGCCCACAGUGCCAACCAGGACAAGAGCCGUACAUGAACUGUGGUUAUGGCACUAAGGAUGAUGACUAUAACUGCGUGGCGUGUCCCGCAGGGAAGUUCUCCAAAGGCAAGUAUGAAAUCUGCCGGCGACACAAAGACUGCGACUCCCUGUACCGGGCCACCGUGUUGACGCCGGGGACUUUAGAGAGCGACGCUGAGUGCGGACCGUGUUUACCAGGGUACUACAUUCUGGAAAACAGGCCGCGUAACAUCUACGGCAUGGUGUGUCAUUCCUGUCAAAACGCUCCACGCAACAUCAAAGAGUGCAUGCGAUCCACACCGCCGUCAGCCGGUCAAGCUCCCAGUGUCUCGUCCAGCAGCACAACUGUAUUUCAGCAGCCGGAGAAAGAUCCAACAGGACAAGGUCAUCUAGCAACAGCCCUCAUCAUCGCCAUGUCAACCAUCUUCAUCAUGGCAAUCGCUAUAGUGAUGAUCAUUAUGUUCUACAUCCUGAAGGCCAAACCGAGUGGACAAGCAUGCUGCUCUGGACAAAUAAUAAAGACUGUGGAAGCCCAAACAAACAAGCAGGAGGAGAAGAAAGAGGUUCAAGAGAGCGUGGUGAUCUUUGCAGAGAAGGAUGAAUUUGAUAAGCUCAAACCUUCAUCUCCAAAAACAGCAAAGAGCGAGAACGACGCGUCGUCAGAGAACGAGCAGCUCUUGAGUCGCAGCAUCGACAGUGACGAGGAAGCAGCGCAGGACAAGCAGGGAGCCGCUGACCUUUGCCUUCUGUCCCUGGUGCAUCUGACCCGAGACAAAACCUGCUCCACCAACACCGUCAACAACAACAACAACUGCAGCAGAGCCACCGGCAUUCACAGCAGAAGGAAAAAGAUCCUGGACUUGUACUCAAAAGCCUGCAGUGUUGCGGAGGGUCUGAGUCCGACCGAGCUGCCGUUCGACUGUCUGGAGCGCACCAGCCGCAUGCUCAGUGCCACCUACAGCACAGACAAGGCCGUGGUCAAGACGUGGCGGCACCUCGCCGAGAGCUUCGGGCUGAAGCGCGACGAGAUCGGCGGCAUGAGCGACGGCAUGCAGCUCUUCGACCGGAUCAGUACGGCGGGUUACAGCAUCCCAGACCUCCUGACCCGUCUGGUCCAGAUCGAGCGGCUGGACGCGGUGGAGACCCUCUGCUUCGACAUUCUGGGCGGCCCGGAGAACAGCGUCCCUCCAUCCAGCCACCAUCCGACCCUGACGUCCCGCUGCGCCAGCGUCUGACAGACACAUGAAGGACCAGACCUGAACAUCAGACCCAUGUACAUUUGACCGGCCAGUUUGUUUCUGUGGUCCUGACUGAAGUGGAUGUUCAGUAACAUUUCCUGCUCUCAGACGUUCUCUACAUAUAAACACAGACACGAGACUGAUUGCGUACGCCGCUGCAUUAAUAACCCAAUGCAAGUACGUGUUUUAUUCUCUUCAGCGGUCGGUUUUCUGUUUCGACUGCAAAAACAGUUUGAAGAGAAUGUGUUCAAGUUAGUUAAACUGUCUAAAUUUGUAUAACUAACACGAUAUAUCGGCCACCAUAUCGGUAUCGGCCGAUAUAUGUUCAAUGUUAUCAUUAUCGGCCCGAUAAGAAAAUUUGGCCGAUAUAUUAAAGCUGAUAAAUAAUGGAUUAUUUCCUUCAGCUGAGACUCUUCAGAUGUGCACUGUUCACCACGAUGGUUUUGUAUUGCUUGAAAUAUGAUUGAAAUCACUUCAAAAAGCAAAAUACAGUUCAGUUCAACAAGUACAGCACAAGUCUGUCAUAUAGACUACAUAAAAUUAUAACGAGAACAUUAUAAUUGUGUGUUUGGGACAUGGAUUUUAAUGGUGAGACUUUCGUUUUUGUAAUCAGGCUCUCAAAAAUGCUAUAAAAAAUUUUUGAUUUAGAUUUAUCGGCCAAUAUAUCGGUUAUCGGCUUUCAAAUGUAAAGAUUAUCAGUUAUCGGUAUCGGUCAAAAUGUUCAUAUCAGUGCAUCCCUAUAACUAACUGUUAUAAUGUGUGUUUUAAGGCAAGACACUACAGGUGAAUAGAGUGAAAAUAUCAACUAUUAGGGGUGUAACGGUACACAAAUGUGACGGUUCGGUACGUACCUCGGUAUUGAAGUCACGGUUCGGUACAGCAGGGAGGAGAAAACUAAACAUAAAAUUGCUUCUUUUUUAUUAAACAGUGGUUUAUUGAACAAAUUGUGUCUCUCUCUUUAAAUAAAUUAAAUUAUAAUUAACAUUUUUUAAGGAUAAAUCUCAGCUAAUGCUGUAAACUAUAUACAGGGAGCCCUUUCUUGAACAUUACUAUAAUAUUAAAAGUUACAAUUAACAGCAGAGCCCAAACUAUUACAUUCAGUUGCAAUUUAUUUUUAGAUAUAAUAAUCAAAACUCAAAUAAAUAAAAAAAAAAUGUAAAUUGCACAUAAGUCAGGUUUUACAUUAACUUCUAAAUUAUUACUCCAGUUCAUUUACACAGUUACUGUCAUAACUUGUUUUCAUGACAAAUUUAUUUAAACAUAUAUUAAAUAAUUAAGACAUUACUAACAGUCAAAGUAAAUAUAAUGAAUAUAUAAGCUAAUAUAGUGCAUAUAUUCAGUGAAAUGCUCCCUCUAGUGUUGAUUUCUCUAGUGUACUAACAUGCUGUGUACACUGAAUGACUUGCCUGAGGUAAAUGUAAUGCUAUGUGAGAUAUUAUUCUCAAGCUGUUUUAUUGAGGUCUUUCCGCGGUUUAAACAUAUGGAGCCCCACACAUGACAUGCAGGGGAAAAAAAAGUAAAUUGUGCCCAUGAUUUGCUAUUUUGUUCCCUCGAUUUGCUAAAUCGUGCGCACGUUUUACUAUUUUGUUCCCUUGAUUUACUAAUUCUUUCCCUUUUUUGUAAAUCGUGUACUUGAUUUAGCAAAUCGAGGGAACGAAUUAGUAAAUAGCGCACACAAUUUAGCCUAUUUUUUUAAUUGAGACAUUACACGCAUAUCUAGGGCUGUGUUCGAAAUCGCCCCCUAUACCCUUAAAUAGGGCACUAUUUGAGGGCACAGCCAUUUGUAGUGGUGUCCGAAACCAUAGUGGACGAUGUUGAGUGCACUCAUUCAAUCCCACAAUGCACUGCGAUAACGAGUGUACAACCGAUACACGCUCAACGGAGAAUACCCAUAAUGCACUGUGAGAGUCGUGUGCUGAAUGAAUUCUCGCAUCUCGCCAGGAGAUGGCGCCCGCGGCUGAAUCAAUCAUCCAUUCAUUUUCCAAACCACGCUGGAACAGUAUAUUAUCAUACAGGUAUAAUUUCCUUUUUAAUUGAUCAUUAAAUCGUUUAAUUAAGGUUUGUACAUGCUAGUUUUCAUGGCAGAGUUUAACAUAAAUAUGCAUUACUACUGGAGCUCACAGUUUGCUACAUUUUAAAUGAUUAUUAAACAGCAGCACAAACUAUGCGAAAUCGGCAGCCCUUCCGGCGCACUCAGUGUCCGAAUUCACUCACUCCUUCAAGUGGACUAUGUUAGUGGACUAAUGUAGGGAAUAGUGAAUGAGGGUAUAGGGGGCGAUUUCGAACACAGCACCUAUCAUCUGUUCUUCUUCUUCUGCUCUUUUUCCUGUUGUGGCGGUUAGCAAACAGCGUUGCAUUACCGCGUGCGCCCCCUUCAGGAUUGGAGUGUGGAUCACCUGUGACCGACUGUAUUCGUCGUCUGACUGUGAUGUCCGUAUGGUUCAGGACGAAUACAUGUACCGUUACACCCCUAUAGAUAUCAUAUAACCAUAUGGAUUAAUCAGUAAAUUAGUACAAGUUUUCUGAAAUGUUAAGUUUAAAUAUGCAAAUGAGGCAGUAUCUAAUUAAAUAUGCACUAAUUUGCAUACAUUUUCAGAAUAGGAAUCUAAGCAUUGGAUAAAUCAAGGUUCAAAACUCGUUUGAUUUUAUCGACAUAUUAGAAUUAAAGGUUUUUACUGAGGGAAUUUCGGAUUUCUCUUUUUAUCACUCCAGAAAUCAGAAAAUACUGUCAAAAGACAAAAUAAGAUAUAUUUUUACCAGUAAAAUGUUCUAUGAAUCGGGCGACUGAUAUACAGUCUCAACAAACCUUCAGAAUAUAGAAUAAAACUAAAGUUUGGUGAAUGUAAAGCUGCUGAAGUGGAGAUUUCUGACUCAAACUCACCGCCUUUAAAGAUAUGGAUAAAAAUUGAAACCUACAGAUGCAAGUGUGCAAUAAAAUAAACACUUAAAAGUCUAUUUUGGAUGUUUACUUUCCACUAGUCUGAAAGAAGACAUGUUAUGUAAGCAAAAUAGACCAAAACUGACCAGUGCGUUCAAAAAUCAAGUUUUGCCUGUAGUGUCUUGCAUUAAUGUCACAGACAUGUGAAGGAAACUCUAUCACACAGGUCACAUGUGCAUCAGGGCAGAUGUGUGUUGAGUUUCUGACCCACAUCUGAACUCGCUCUAUCUGCUUCAGUUUCUGGACUCAAUGAAAUACAUGUCAAACUGACACAAACAUAAAUCUGUUGAACAGUGUGUGUGUGUGUGUGUGUGUGCGCGUGUGUGUCCUGCGGCUAGCCGCUGCUGCCGGGACUAAUUGGCUGGAAUUGGUGGUUUAUGACUCCUAGUGCAAAGUGCCUGUGAUUUCCAGCACCUCAUUAACUAAUAAUCCAAACGGAAAAGCCAUAAAGUGUCCGAUGGGAAGCCGAGGCAGCUGUAUAAAUGUUUAACUGCAUGCAAAAGGUAGAAACGGGGGGAAAAGUCUCCGGUGAUUGUGUGCAGUGAGCCGCGGGUGACCCUGUUUUAAUGAUCUGCCACUCUGUAACAUGUUUAAUUACUUUUUUGCCAUUAUAUGCCUGCUUAACGUGUUUCACACAGCUCAUGUUUUUGACUGAAUCACACAGAAAAUUAUGAUUAGACAUUUUGUAGUAAAAACCAUCAGAAAUGGUGCAUUUCGAAUGAAUGGAGCAGGUCUCCAGUUUCCCAAAGAAUCACACAACUUCAUAUUCGUGCAUCACAGACUUUUUUGUUGUUGCAUCAUGUUUGUUUACCCCUCCACAUGACCCACGGUAACAUAUAUUUAUAUAUAUACUGUACAGUAUCAAUGAACCAUGAGUUUAUUUUAUGUUAAACCUUGUAAAGGCCACGUCGACCUCAUCAACACGUUUAUGGCAGAGCACCUGGAUCAAUGCAACAAACACAACCAUUCAAAUGAAAUACAAGUGUAUAUAUAACUUAUUAUUGUACAUAUGCACCAUGUAUAGAAGUAUCAAUUAAGAAAUAAAAUGAGAAAAUUAUAUCAUAAUAA